AUGUGUCACCUUUCGAGAUCUUUCAGUCUGUCCUUGUUGAGGGGUAAUCCUGGUCUGUUCGAGUACACUAAAGGGCGCUUUUUAGCUCCACCGCGCCGAACGCCGUAUCUAAUUCGACUAAGAGCGGCGUGCCGUUCUGUCGACCGCCGCCUUAAUGGCGUGGCUUCGAUCACGAAACCUGCCGAGGGGGGCUUUAACCGUGUCUUGCAAGCCACCUCGAAUGAUGGAUAUGCAGUUAUUACAAGGCUUCCUUACAAGACGACUGUUCUAAAAUAUUAUGCAGUGGCUAGUGAAGCUACAACACUCGCACUUCUGCAUGCUCAUGGGGUCCUAGUCCCUAAAGUCCUUGUGUAUUCCCCAGAUCAAAUAAACGCCGUUAGAACCGAACAUGUCCUUCUUAAAUGA